AUGUCUGCUCGUUUCGCGCCAAGAAGCCUACUGAGUGCCUCGACUCGCACCGUCAUUCGACCGUGGUCGCGCUCAUUUGCGACUACUCCUAAGCUACAGAAGACCGCCAUAGUCACGGGCUCCGCAAGGGGACUCGGCAAAGCCAUUGCCAUCCGUCUUGCUGAAGAUGGUUACGACGUCACCGUCAAUGACAUAGCUCACAACAAAGCCCAAGCCGAGGAAGUCGUAUCCCAAAUCAAGAGCUUGGGCCGCAAGUCCACCCUCGUUAUCGGCGAUGUUUCGAAGCGUGCAGAUGUCAAGCAUGUAGUUGACACUUCAGUGAAAGAGCUUGGGCCGUUGGACACCAUGGUAGCCAACGCCGGCAUUGCUCAAGUCAAGCCGCUGCUCAAAUUGUCCGACGAGGACUUCCGCCGCAUGUUCGAGGUCAACGUCCAUGGCGUCUUCUACUGCUACACAGAGGCAGCGAAGCGAAUGAUAAAGCAAGGUGGGGGCGGAAAGCUCAUUGGCUGUGCAAGCAUCGUCGCUUUCAAGCCUUUUGCCAUGCUAUCCCACUACUCGGCUUCGAAAUGGGCUGUCCGCGGUCUGACCCAGGCUAUGGCCAUGGAGAUGGCAACUCACAAAAUCACCGUGAACGCCUACGCCCCGGGAAUCGUCGGCACCGCCAUGUGGGACUUGAUCGACGAGGAGUUGGGCAAGACGACUGGCGCUAAGAAGGGCGAUACUAUCAAAAAGUACACAAAGGAACUGAUUGCACUUGGCCGGACCAGUGUCCCGGAAGAUGUCAGCAAAGUUGUUAGUUUCCUAGCUGGACCAGACAGUGAAUACGUGACUGGACAGACCAUGGUCGUUGACGGUGGCAUCGUUUACACUUAA